GCCGCGCCCGCAGCGCCCCGGGCCGGCCGGGCAGCGCCGCCGCCAUGUCGCAGGGCACCGCGGAGCCGGCCUCAGAGACGGGAGAUGACAGUCUAUCUGCAAUUACCUUUGACUCUGACUUUGAGACGAAAGCAAAAAGGAAAAGUUUCCACAAACCUCCACCCACAUCACCAAAGUCACCUUAUCACUCUAAACCGCGAAAAGUGGCAUCCUGGAGAUCUCUGAGGACAGCAGCAAGCAUGCCUCUUGGUAACAGAAUGUCCUUAACCCCACAGAAGCUGUGGCUGGGAAGCACAAAGCAAGGAAGUCUGACCCAACCCCUGAAGUCAGACCUGACCUUGGAGCAUGCAUGGACCAACCCCCCGAGCAGCACUCCCGACUAUCUGACAGAAGCUUUAAGAAUGAAGAGGUCAAAUCUCAGGCGUUCCGCCAGCAACGGUCACGUUCCUGGAACCCUCAUCUACAGAGAGAAGGAAGACAUGUAUGACGAGAUCAUUGAACUGAAGAAGUCCCUGCACAUGCAGAAAAGUGACAUGGAUCUCAUGAGAACAAAGCUUCGGCGCCUAGAAGAGGAAAAUAGCAGGAAGGACCGGCAGAUAGAGCAGCUUUUGGAUUCAUCCCGAGGCCCGGAUUUUGUUCGGACUCUGGCAGAGAAAAGGCCUGAUACUGGCUGGGUCAUUAACGGGCUAAAGCAGAGGAUUCUCAAGCUAGAGCAGCAGUGCAAGGAGAAGGACAACACCAUCAACAAACUGCAGACUGACAUGAAGACCACCAACUUGGAAGAGAUGAGGAUUGCCAUGGAGACUUACUACGAGGAGAUUCAUCGUCUCCAGACUCUGCUGGCAAGCUCCGAGACUGUCGGAAAGAAGCCUCCAGGGGAGAAGAAAAUGGGCCUCAGAAGACAGAAAAAAGUGAGCAGCGCCCUCCUGAGCUUGUCCCGGAGUGUCCAGGAGCUCACAGAAGAAAACCAGAGCCUGAAGGAAGAUCUGGACCGUGUGCUGAGCAACUCUCCCACUGUCUCCACCAUGAAGGGUUACAUGGAGUGGAGUAAGCCCCGGCUGCUGAGACGGAUCACAGAGCUGGAAAAAAAAAUAAGUUCGAUGGAAAGCCCCAAAUUACAUGCUUCAGAAGUGGUCAAGGCAAACGCUGUGGUGCACUCUGCGUCCAGCUCCACUGUGUCCAGGCAGCCACGAGGUGACCAACACGAGGACAACGAGCAUCUGCGGGGGACUGUGCGGAGCCUGAAAGGCGAGCGGAAUGCCCUACAGAUGCAGCUGCAGGAGAAAGAUUUGGAGAUGAAGCAGCUGCUCCAGACAAAUGCUGACCUGCAGAAGGAGCUGGAGGACAUGAAGGGAGGUGAGGAGGAGAGAAGAGGAAGAGAGGAGGCUCUGAGGAGAACUGUGAUGAGGUUUUGUCGGAAGGCAGGGCCGGAAGAGACCAGAAAGGGCAGAGAGGAAAUUCAAACGCUUGUGAAGAAGUGUCAAGAACUGGAAGAGAUUAGGAGAGCAGAGAGAGACAACCCCGUGGAAAUGAGUCCUGAGACCCCAGAAGAACCCCGACCUUCCCUUCCCACCAGCAGGCUCUCUCAGCAGGACCAUGAGCCAGAUCCAAGUGAGGAGGGCUUCUCUUGGCCCCCCUCCACCUGCUCCGAGGGGCAAAGAGACACGGCAGCCAGGAUCCUGCAGGCCCGCUGGAAGAGAUACUGCCAGCAGAAAAAAGAGGCUGUUCUGGCUGAGGCGGCUACGGUGCUUCAGUCAGCUUUCAGGGGACACCUAGCACGGGUGAAGCUGCUAUCAAGCCAGGCGUGUACUUCAGAAUCCCCUGGGCCUCCCAGCCCGCCAGGCCAGCAGGACCCCCUACCACCACGUGUUCCAAGCCGUGCCAUCCAGGCCCAGGAUGACCCCGGGGAGGAAGAGGCCAUCACCACCAUCCAGUCCGUCCUCCGGGCACACUUGGCACGGGUCAGACACAGUGCCGCCAGUCAGAGAGCCACCCCUGCAGCUUCCAGGAGGAGGAGACCCGCUCUGGCACCCGCCCGCCAGCCGCCCGCGCCACCCUGCCCUGCUUUUCCUGGCCAGGAGGACAGUGACAUGAGCAGCGGGGAGACUGUGGAGGGGCCGGCAGCAGAGGAUGAAGUGCUGGGGCCGUGGGGGCCAAGGAAGCCAGCCUCCCUGCAGCCCUGCUCUGGGCCGUUCUCUCCCUUAGGACUGCAACAGCAACCACAGCCCAUGGGGCCUCCACAAGUGGAUGACAGCAGCUCGGAGGAUUCAGACGAGAUUGUCGUUGCUCCAGCUCUGCCCACAAGGAAGAUGGCCUCCCUGCCCUAGGCCCUGGCCCUGGGCCCUCACACGGUGCUGGCUCUGCCGGGGAGCUCAGGGUUCGUAGGACGAGGCGUGUUCCGGGGGACAUAGUGACCAGAAUUGGAAAGCAAUUUAUCUCGUUAAGAGAGAACUACCUACUCCACAGCUCAGCGCUCUCUUCUUUGGCUUUUCUCUUUGGUUUGGUUUUGUCACUUGUCUGGUUGUCUGUGUAGGAAUCCUGAAGCCUCUCCUUAAUCUCUGGGAAGGGCCAGCUGGGCUGGUUUUCAGGGUCAGAUGGACAAUGCCUGUGCCUGGAAUGGGGUCCACCAGGAGCCCUGCAAACACAUGCUCUGGGGAGCAGCUUCCUGGCCACCUUUGGCCUUGAGCUGGGAAGAGCUGCUCUGUCUGGAGCUGCUCUGUCUGGAGCUGGGCCGCCAGCACCUCCUUCUCCCCACCAUGUGCUCCCACCUCUGCCCAGUAAGUAGGCCAAGCUGGACACGCCAGGGCCGCACCUUCUGGAAGAGAGAGAUGUGACAGGCUUGUUUGGGGCAGGCUCUCCCCAACCCAUGACAGGACACGAAGACGUCAAGGCCCCAAGAUGGGCUCGGGCUCCUCAGGCUGCUCCUUUCUGCGCCUCUCCAAGCAGAACUCUCCUCUUCAUUGUCCCCCACCCCCGGAUGUGCCCAGGAAGGAGUCUGGAUGGAUCUUUGUCACUGUGUAGAUUGAGCCUUAAAAGAUACCAAACUGUAAUCAAGAAGUAGCAUCGACCUGCAGGGUCAAGCUGCCCCUGGCCCCAAAGAAAGAGUAGUGGGGAGCCCGCAGCCCAGCCUCUACUGCACAGAGCUCCACUCAGAAGCCCAGUCUCGCCCUUCAUGAGAUUAGCCCUUGCUGAUGGUAACAGGGAGACCUUCAGGCCUGGGUGGGAUUCCGAGGGCCUCUAGAGCCCCACGUCUCCGGGUCCCAGAGCUGAUGCUAGAAAGCUCACCCUGGCUGGGACAGAGUGCCUACUGGAGCCCUUCUGAGGUCACUCUUGAGGAGCACGAGGUUCUGCUUGGGGAAAGUCGUGGGCCCUCCUCCCUGUGGUCAGGAAGCUUCUGCUCCAGCACCAGCAGGACACGUGGCAGGAGGCGCUCUGCAUCCCCCGCCCCUGGGCAGUGAGGUCCCCCAGCCCAGCACAUCCAUCCCAAGUCACCUGGGCCCACCCUGUUAGGUUCUGCUCAUACAGUGGGUUGAGAAGAAUUCAGCCAGGAGGCUUGGCUAGUUUAGUCUCUUCUCUUUGCCUGGUCUGUGGGCUGUCAGGUCAAUUCUCUUUUCUCUUUAUUUUCCCACUGGACUGAUUGGUAACUUGACUGAAUUCCUUGCUGGCCCUGACUUGGGUCAUUCAUGGGGUCUGUUCCACGGUGACCGGACCACCGUUCUCUGGGCGCCGGGUUCAGAGCUCAGGGUCUGUAGGGGCCGGGUGCGCACCCGAGGGCGAGGAAGGCUGGGCCCAUAGGCCUGUGAGCUCGGAUGCGGUUCCUCCCGCCCCUCCCACAAAACACGGGCAUUUCUGCCAACUCUUCACUCUGAGGAGCGGGCUCAGGUCGUAGGGAUGUCCCUGCCUCGGGCCUGGACAAGGCCUGCCCGGGAGAAAGGGGCAAUUCCGCACAGCAUCCGGGUUGGCUUGUGCGCCGCGACCAGAGGGCAGGAUCAGCCCCCGGGAACUGUAAAUAUGUACACUGGUCUGUCCGUGCACCUCUGGUGUAGCAUUGUUGAUCUAUUAAAAGCAAACAGUCUGGAA